AUGAAGGCUUAUACUGAAAACUUUCUUCAAAAACUCAGUCUUGUUAAUGCUAAGGUGACAAUUAUCUUCAGAGUCAGGGAUAAAGAACACUCCCACAACCAAGUAUUCAGAGCCAAGAAUAGACUUUCAAUUAUGGAUCAUUCCAUUUCCACGGACAGUGCAUUAUUUGUCCAGAGUCCAUUCUCUGUGGCGCACCUCCCUACAUGUACCAGAAUGCACCCAUUUUUGGGGGAGAGGCUUGCUCUCAUGCUGCCAUCUGAAGUUGUGGAGGCAGGGUUGUGUGGAGAGGUAAGCAUGGCUAGCUUUGCCAUGCUCGGGCCAUGCAUGGACCAGUACCCUAACUGGCCAACUCGCCUCUCACAUAUACAUGUGUUGGUGUACAGUCCUAGUGGCAUUCCUCUGAAGCGAGGAGAGGGACAGCUCCAACUGAGCUAUCUCCACAGCUUGGCAGACUCUUUGGCCUGGGCAGAGCUUGGGCUGGCUGGAGUCCGCCACACAGAUACACAGAGCGCUCAGGGAUCCCUGUCUGGUGAGGUCGUGUUUUCUGUAGAUGAUGAGCACAGUCAGGAAACUCAGCUGUGGAGGAGCAGUGCUGUAAAUCAGGUCACGGAGCCUGAGUGUACUGUGGAGCAGAUGGUCAUGCUUUUCCUUCUCAUCAAGUACAGAGACCCCUUCCACUCCCAGCUCUCUGAUGUUAUUGUAAGUGAAGAAAUUUUAGAGAGAUGCUUUGACAAGAUGCUUUGGUACAAUGAUGAGAAAGUAAGAUCAGCCCUGCAGUCAUUACUCAAAAGUACCCUCAGGGGAUUUCUAAAAAGAAAAAAGGCAAGAUAGAAGCUUCAAUCUGCCAUGUCCGUGAUUCUGAGCUCUAUCAAGAGUAUUGUGAGCAGCAGUAGCAGUGUAGAUUUUCGCACUGCCUGUCUGAAUAGCAUGAAGGUGCAGACCAGCUAUGACCUGUCUUUCCCCUUGCACCAAAAACUUCAGAGAGUCAUAACUGGGCGGUUUGUUUCUCUGCGCAGAUGUACUACUAAAAAGGCUUUAGAGACAAUUAUGUCUGAGUGGAACAGCAGUGAAGACUUGGAAGAUGGCAAGUGCUACUUCCCCUGCACUCAUGUAUGGUCUGAUGGAUUGCCUGGCAAGAGAGCUCAUAGAGAAAUGGAGCAGGCUCUGUCAGGCUCCAAGAGACAAUGUUCAGAGUUUUUCACUUGGGAAUUAGAAGCCUUUGAGAGCAGCACAUGGGAGUCUCUGGACAGCCAGAUGAUCCCCCCACCCUGUUCACAGGGAUCCCAGAGGCAGUUUGUCGAAACAGGCUUGGCAGAGUCACCAACCCCUUCCCUAAUCACUACUGAGCAAAAACAACAACAGGUUGACAGAGAAUGGCUUCAAGAGCUUGAAAAUCUGGCUGAGUGGGAUUAAAACUAGUAGAAGUGAGGAUUUGUCAG